GGGCCCCGUCCCCUGGGCUGGGGACGCGCCGAAUGUGACUGCCUCCCGCUCCCUCACCCGGCGCGGGGAGGAGGAGCGGGCCAGACGCUGCCGCCGGACGGACGACGGGACACGGAGGCGGCCCGGCUCCUUCAGGUUUAAGUGUUGUGUAAGCUGCAUCAAUGGAGCACAUACAGGGGGCCUGGAAGACGAUCAGCAAUGGUUUUGGAUUCAAAGAUGCAGUGUUUGAUGGCCCCAGCUGCAUUUCCCCCACAAUAGUUCAGCAGUUUGGCUAUCAGCGCCGAGCAUCAGAUGAUGGCAAACUUAUGGACUCUUCUAAGACAAGCAAUACUAUCCGUGUUUUCUUGCCAAACAAGCAAAGAACAGUGGUCAAUGUACGAAAUGGAAUGAGCUUGCAUGACUGCCUUAUGAAAGCACUCAAGGUGAGGGGCCUGCAACCAGAGUGCUGCGCAGUGUUCAGACUUCUCCACGAACACAAAGGUAAAAAAGCACGUUUAGAUUGGAAUACUGAUGCUGCCUCCUUGAUUGGAGAAGAACUUCAAGUAGACUUCCUGGAUCAUGUUCCUCUCACCACACACAACUUUGCUCGGAAGACCUUCCUGAAGCUUGCCUUCUGUGACAUGUGUCAGAAGUUUUUGCUAAAUGGAUUUCGAUGUCAGACUUGUGGCUACAAAUUUCACGAGCAUUGUAGCACCAAAGUACCUACUAUGUGUGUGGACUGGAGUAAUGUCAGACAACUCUUAUUGUUUCCAAAUUCCACUCUUGGUGAUAGUGGGGUCCCAGCACUGCCUUCUUUGACAAUGCGUCGGAUGCGAGAGUCUGUUUCCCGGAUGCCUGUUAGUUCCCAGCAUAGAUACUCCACGCCCCACGCCUUUACAUUCAACACCUCCAGCCCCUCCUCUGAAGGUUCCCUCUCGCAGAGGCAGAGGUCGACAUCCACACCUAAUGUCCACAUGGUCAGCACUACCCUACCUGUGGACAGCAGGAUGAUUGAGGAUGCAAUCCGAAGUCACAGUGAAUCAGCCUCACCUUCAGCCUUGUCCAGCAGCCCCAACAAUCUGAGCCCAACGGGCUGGUCACAGCCCAAAACCCCUGUGCCAGCACAGAGAGAGCGGGCACCAGGAUCUGGGACCCAGGAGAAAAACAAAAUUAGGCCUCGUGGACAGAGAGAUUCAAGUUAUUACUGGGAAAUAGAAGCCAGUGAAGUGAUGCUCUCCACUCGGAUUGGGUCAGGCUCCUUUGGCACUGUUUAUAAGGGCAAGUGGCAUGGAGACGUUGCAGUAAAGAUCCUAAAGGUUGUUGACCCCACACCAGAGCAGUUUCAGGCCUUCAGGAAUGAGGUGGCUGUCCUGCGCAAAACACGGCAUGUGAACAUUCUGCUCUUUAUGGGGUACAUGACGAAGGAUAAUCUGGCGAUUGUGACCCAAUGGUGUGAGGGUAGCAGCCUCUACAAACACCUGCAUGUCCAAGAGACCAAGUUCCAGAUGUUCCAGUUGAUUGACAUUGCCCGGCAGACGGCUCAGGGAAUGGACUACUUGCAUGCAAAGAACAUCAUCCACAGAGACAUGAAAUCCAACAAUAUAUUUCUCCAUGAAGGCCUGACGGUAAAAAUUGGAGAUUUUGGUUUGGCAACAGUGAAGUCGCGCUGGAGUGGUUCUCAGCAGGUUGAACAACCCACCGGCUCUAUCCUGUGGAUGGCCCCCGAGGUGAUCCGAAUGCAGGAUAAUAACCCGUUCAGCUUCCAGUCCGACGUCUACUCCUACGGCAUUGUGCUGUAUGAGCUCAUGACAGGGGAGCUCCCUUACUCUCACAUCAACAACCGAGACCAGAUCAUCUUCAUGGUGGGCCGAGGGUAUGCCUCCCCAGACCUUAGUAAGCUAUACAAGAACUGCCCCAAAGCAAUGAAGCGGCUUGUAGCUGACUGUGUGAAGAAAGUUAAGGAAGAGAGGCCUCUUUUCCCCCAGAUCCUGUCUUCCAUUGAGCUGCUCCAGCACUCUCUACCGAAAAUCAACAGGAGCGCUUCUGAGCCAUCCCUGCAUCGGGCAGCCCACACCGAGGAUAUCAAUGCCUGCACACUGACCACGUCCCCUAGACUGCCUGUCUUCUAGCUGACUUUGCACCUGUACUCAGGCCACCAGGGGAGAAAGGGAAGUCAGCAGGCACCAUCUUUCUGCUCCCUUUCUAUGGGAGCAGAGUUUGUUUUCAGAGAAGCUGCUGCUAAGGACCUUCUAGACUACUCACAAGGCCUUACUUCAUGUUGCCUUCUUUUCUACCCUUUCUGGUCCUGGGAGAAGGAAGCCAUUUACAAUGCUGGUUUCUUCUGCUCCCUGCCUGCAUCCUCCAUGCUCAUGAGCUGAGCCUUCUCCAGAUUCACCAGUGGCUGCUGAUGGCAAUAUAUGAUCUGGGACCCUGGCCAUCGGCUAGACAAGUACUUUUAGGGCAAGAAAAAGCACUUGGAGGGAAAAUGAAGGUAGGCAAACCAGCCGUCUUGGGGGAACACGUGGAUUUUGAGUAUCAGCUCCUAUGUGGAAUGCUUAUCACAGGAAGGACUUUCUUCAGAGAUAGUGGUGAGUGGUGUGGCGCCCAACAGGUAGUUUUGCACAUAAUGAAUGCACCAAACAGCCCAGGACUGUCAAGACCAUGGCCGCCUAAAGGAGUCUGCUUUGGUGCUAUGGAACAUGAGUUUGGGGACCUUCCUUUUUCAUGGAGGUCUCCAAUGCAUUGGGAUGGUUUUCCAGAAGAGGUGCCCGGCCUACCCCUUCCAAGUCUCCGCUCUCUCAGGGAGCAGUCUUCCAUCAUGCUGAAUUUUGUCUUCCAGGAGCUGCCCCUAUGGGGUGGGGCCAUUGGCCAGCCUUGUCUCUCAACAGUCAUGUCAUGUGUAUGCAAGGAAGCCAGGAAUACAGGUUUUCUUGAUGAUUUGGGUUUUAAUUUUGUUUUUAUUGCGCCUGACAAAAUACAGUUAUCUGAUGGUUCCUCAAUUAUGUUAUUUUAAUAAAAUAAAUUAAAUGUA